GGCGUUGGGGCAGCUCCUGUGACAGACGGAGCUGGAGCGGCGGGGCGGCGGCGGAGUCCGGCGGCCGGGAGAGCUAGUGAGCGAGCGGAGGAGCAGCGACCCGGGGGUCUAGGGAGCGAGAAGGAGAAGGAGGGGAGCGCUCGGGCGCGAGCGAGAGAAACCGCGAGCGCCGAGCUUGGGCUCGAGCCCCGGAACGGCUGAGGAGCCCGCCCGCUCCCCUCCCCUCCCCCUCCCCGGGCCCGGGCCCAGCGCGCCAUCCUCCCCCCCCUCCUUCCCUCCCUCCCUCCUUCCUCCCUCCCCUCUCCCUCCCCCUCCCCCGCCGGUGGAUGGGAGUGAAGGACGGAAGAGGCCCUGCGGAGGCGGCGGUGCAGCGCUCCGAUUGAUAGUUGGAGCCAGAGGCUUGAUUCAAGUUUGAUUUUCAUGGCAAGAAUACUUCAUAGAUGAUGGAGUCUCCCUCUGUUGCCCAGGCUGGAGUACAGUGGCACGAUGUCGGCUCACUGCAACCUCUGUCUCCCAGGUUCAAGUGAUUUCUCGCAAAUUUUUGUAUUUUUGGUAGAGACGGGAUUUCACUGUGUUGGCCAGGCUGGUCGCAAACUCCUGACCUCAAGUGGUCCGCCCGCCUCAGCCUCCCAAAGUGCUAGGAUUACAGACAUGAGCCACCAUGCCUGGCCUCAGGGCUCAUAUUUGAAACCCAAAGGUGGAAUGAAUCUUACUUGUUGAAUAUCUUCUGGUUACUAGUUGAAUUCAUUUGUGAAAGAAUCAUUUUCCCCUGUGUGGAAGACACUUAGUGGCAUAUUUAAAUUAUAAGUCCACGGAUCAAAAAGCUUUUUGAUUUCCCAAAGGAGGGACAUACCACUAUAUCAGAUAAGCUUGACAUUACAGCCAAGAUGGUGCUGUCCCAGAGACAACGAGAUGAACUAAAUCGAGCUAUAGCAGAUUAUCUUCGUUCAAAUGGCUAUGAAGAGGCAUAUUCAGUUUUUAAAAAGGAAGCUGAAUUAGAUAUGAAUGAAGAAUUAGAUAAAAAGUAUGCUGGUCUUUUGGAAAAAAAAUGGACAUCUGUUAUUAGAUUACAAAAGAAGGUUAUGGAAUUAGAAUCAAAGCUAAAUGAAGCAAAAGAAGAAUUUACGUCAGGUGGACCUCUUGGUCAGAAACGAGACCCAAAAGAAUGGAUUCCCCGUCCGCCAGAAAAAUAUGCAUUGAGUGGUCACAGGAGUCCAGUCACUCGAGUCAUUUUCCAUCCUGUGUUCAGUGUUAUGGUCUCUGCUUCAGAGGAUGCUACAAUUAAGGUGUGGGAUUAUGAGACUGGAGAUUUUGAACGAACUCUUAAAGGACAUACAGACUCUGUACAGGACAUUUCAUUCGACCACAGCGGCAAGCUUCUGGCUUCCUGUUCUGCAGAUAUGACCAUUAAACUAUGGGAUUUUCAGGGCUUUGAAUGCAUCAGAACCAUGCACGGCCAUGACCACAAUGUUUCUUCAGUAGCCAUCAUGCCCAAUGGAGAUCAUAUAGUGUCUGCCUCAAGGGAUAAAACUAUAAAAAUGUGGGAAGUGCAAACUGGCUACUGUGUGAAGACAUUCACAGGACACAGAGAAUGGGUACGUAUGGUACGACCAAAUCAAGAUGGCACUCUGAUAGCCAGCUGUUCCAAUGACCAGACUGUGCGUGUAUGGGUCGUAGCAACAAAGGAAUGCAAGGCUGAGCUCCGAGAGCACGAGCAUGUGGUAGAAUGCAUUUCCUGGGCUCCAGAAAGCUCCUAUUCCUCCAUCUCUGAAGCAACAGGAUCUGAGACUAAAAAAAGUGGUAAACCGGGGCCAUUCUUGCUAUCUGGAUCCAGAGACAAGACUAUUAAGAUGUGGGAUGUCAGUACUGGCAUGUGCCUUAUGACCCUCGUGGGUCAUGAUAACUGGGUACGUGGAGUUCUGUUCCAUUCUGGGGGGAAGUUUAUUUUGAGUUGUGCUGAUGACAAGACCCUACGCGUGUGGGAUUACAAGAACAAGCGAUGCAUGAAGACCCUCAAUGCGCAUGAACACUUUGUUACCUCCUUGGAUUUCCACAAGACGGCACCCUAUGUUGUCACUGGCAGCGUAGAUCAAACAGUAAAAGUGUGGGAGUGCCGUUGAUUGCGUCUCCUUCGGCCCCUCCUCCCUCUUUUCCUCUGGAUGCACUCUGAUGAUACCAUGGUUACCCCAUUGAGCUCUGUUUAAAUAAAUAUUGUCCUUUCAUGUAAA